UCAUCAUAUCUCCUUUGCUGUCAUUCAUCAUCAAUAAGAAUCUGGUUUCUUCACUGGAACAGGUCUGAGUCAGAGGUAGAUUCUUAGAAAAACACCUUUCUUGCUAAUUUUCAGUUUGUAAAGAAUCUUAGUAGAGUGACCAGCACUUGAAAUUCCACAGUGCUAAGGAGAAAUGGAAGAUCAAGAUACGAAAGCUACCAACGGCUCCCUCUAUGAAGAAAACGGCAGCCCUGUUAAACCGGAUCUUGCAAACUCAAGUGUCAAUGAUGAGAACCAGAAGGUACUCAUCAAUAGUCCUGGCCCAGAACAAGGAGGCGUGAAGCCAUCAUUAUUAAAAACCAGCCCUGCAAUAGGGAGUGUUAAAAUUAGCAGGCUGAGUCUUUUUAGUUCAUCAGAUUCGCAGACACCCAACAGUCCUGGUCCUGAGAAUUCAGAAGCUCGAAGAUCUAUUCGUGGAAGUGUGGGAUCUAUGGAUAACGAUGAUGUCCUCUGCGAUUCUUGCAUCGACGACAAGAAAAAAGCUGUCAAGUCCUGCUUGGUCUGCCAGACAUCUUUCUGUGAACCUCACCUGAAGCCCCAUCUGGAGGGGGCUGCAUUUCGGGACCAUAAGCUACUGGAUCCCAUCAGAGACUUUGAAGCUCGAAAAUGCCCACUGCACAGCAAAACGAUGGAGCUGUUUUGUCAAACAGACCAGACAUGCAUCUGUUAUCUGUGCAUGUUCCAAGAACACAAGAAUCAUAACACAGUGACAGUGGAGGCUGAAAAAUAUGUCAAGGAGACAGAACUAUCUGAGAUACAGGAGCAGCUCCAUCUCCAGUUGCUUGAUGUGGAUGAUGAAGUGGAGAGAUGGCAGAAGGAGAAAGAUCGCAUUAGGAAUUUUACAGCCAAUCAAAAAUCGGCUGUGGACCACAGCUUCAAGGAUCUUAUAAAAGAAUUGCAGAGACAGCAAGAGGAAGUAAAAACCAGUUUAGAGCAUAAAGAACGUGCAGCUGUUGACCUCAUUGAGCAAGUUGUAAAUGACUUAAAAGUGAAAAAAGAGCAACUUCAAGACAAGCAACAUGAUGGAGAUAAACUGUUACAUACUACUGAUGCAGUGCUCUUCUUACAGGAAUUCCAAAUAGUAAUAAGAAAUGCUCCUCCAAUACCACCACUGCCUACUUAUACAGUGACACUGGAAGCAGAAAAGCUGACUCAAGCUAUGGGAACUUUAAGAGAAGAACUGUUGGGACACUGCAAGAAGAGUGUGGAGAAAUACUGCAAAAUGGAGGCUCAAAAAAAUCUUGUUGAAAGGAAUGUGGAGAACAGAUACAUGAUGAAGGAUCAUUCAACUAACUGGACACCACCAAAUGAAGCAUACGGAAGGUUCAGCUCUCUCUUUAAUGCGAAAGCUGGGGGACGACAAUCCUAUCAGCCCUCUUCAUUAGCUGACAGCCCUUCUGCAAGCAUGAACAGUCUCUAUGGGGCCAAAGGAUCACACAGGAUGUACGACAAUUCCUUUACGAGCCAAGAGGAUACUCCCAGUUUCUCAUCUUCAAACUAUUCUCAGAAAGUCACCAGCCAAGUUCCAUCCUUCCAAUAUGCAUCUACUGUGACAACCACAGAGUCUGCUAAUCAGCAAGAAAACAGUCCCUAUAACAUGAAUGUGUAUCCAAUGAUGACAAGGCACCAGCCAGCAAAAGCUUUGCCACAAACUUGGAAAUCCUCAAAGCAGAGUCUGUUGACUCAGCAACGCCCUUUCUAUGUGAACAAGGGAAAUACCACUAACACCGAAUCCCCAUGAAUCCCUGGGACCAAGCUCUAAGAUUACGUACCAAAGCUAUAGAUAUGUGGGCAGAAAGAGGGUGGGGAUCUGUGCUUAAUUCCUUCACUGCUGUUGUAGUGAAUGUGUUGUGACUAGAUUUGGCUGGGAGGAAGAAAACUGGUUUUAGUCUAGCCAAGGGCAACAACUGCUAACUGGAAUUCCAGGGUGGGUCUAGCAAGAAUGAACCUUUAUCUAUGUUUCUCAAGUUAACCCUUUUUUGAUGUAGAAAGUUUUAUGCUAUUACUGACUAAAUGUUACUAUUAUAAUAACUAAAGUCUAGAAUAUUGAGGAAAAGAGAACUGCAGGGAUAUGUUCAUCAAUAAAUACAUUUGAAAAGCUA